ACCGGGUUCUACAGGAUGAAACUUGAAGGUUUAGGACAUGGUGUUGGGUCGUCAACGAUGCCUUCCGGUAGUAUUCCACCAUAUGUGCGCUCCAGAGCUCAAAUGGGAGCUGCAGGUCGACUGUUAGAAAGUCGUGGGUUCGGUUGGCUUCUGGAAGUUGAUGACAACUGCGACACGCAGACGCCGUUACUAGAGGAGUUGGAUAUUGAUCUUACUGAUAUCUACUAUAAAAUACGUUGUAUAUUAUUACCAUUGCCGUACUUUCGUAUGAAGCUCAACAUCGUGAGAGAAUCGCCUGACUUCUGGGGGCCAUUGCUGGUUGUACUGGCCUAUGCAUUGCUAUCAAUAUAUGGCCAGUUUAGUGUCGUCUCGUGGAUUCUGACAAUGUGGUUUUGCGGCGGUUUCAUUGUCUACUUUAUAGCUCGAGCUCUUGGUGGAGAUGUUGGAUAUUCUCAGGUUCUCGGAGUUAUUGGUUACUGCCUUAUUCCUUUAGUCGUUACUGGAUUACUUAUGAGUGUUGUUAUUAUCUCGUUACCGCUUGGUAUCUUUGGUGUCAUUUGGAGUGUUUACAGUGCCGGUACUUUGUUGUGCGUGGACGAGUUGCAAUCGAAAAAACCUCUGCUUCUCUAUCCUGUUUUCUUAUUAUAUGUGUACUUUUUUUCCUUAUAUUCCGGUGUUUAG